UGUAGCUGGCUGAUAAGGAAUCAGAUGGUUUGUUUUAUUGUAGAUUUCAAUUAUUGACCUAUGUCUAGGAGUGUACACAUCUGGUUGAAGCUGGACCCAGUAGAGAUUUUUAGAUAUUCGUAAGCUCAUUUAGAAUAUCAUAUUUAACAGAAAGAUUUUAAAUCUCUAAAAGUCAUCGUCCAUAAGGGCGCUAAAAUUUUAUAUGACUUUGGUAAACCAUCAAAAGACAUUAUUAGCAAGAAGCAUAGUUGGGGAUUUAGGGCCCGAGCAAGCGAGGUGUAUGACUUCGCAGCGACGUGAGCCUACUUAUUAUAGGACUAUAAAAUUUUCAUCGAAUAGGCAUCGAAAACUUCAACCAUUUAGAGAAACGUGACUGGCUAUUAUAAUUUCACGAAAAACACCAAAGAUCAUUAAAACCAAUAUCCUUUCUCCUACGAUCUUACAACAUAGCUAACGCACUACAUCCACAAUGAGUGUCAACGUUAACAGAGGCGUCAGCGAUGUGUUCUAUCGCUACAAAAUGCCCCGGCUUAUGGCCAAAGUUGAAGGUAAAGGUAACGGUAUAAAAACGGUAAUUGUCAACAUGGCCGAGGUCGCCAAAGCUCUAGGCCGACCUCCCACUUACCCUACUAAAUACUUCGGCUGUGAGUUGGGUGCUCAAACUCAAUUCGACUUUAAAAAUGAACGUUUCAUUGUGAACGGUUCCCAUGACGCUUCUAAACUGCAAGAUCUUCUAGAUGGGUUCAUACGCAAGUUUGUUUUGUGUCCCGAAUGCGACAAUCCAGAAACCGAUCUUCUAGUUUCUGUGAAGAAAAACACAAUAUCCCAGGGAUGUAAAGCGUGCGGCUACCACGGUUUGUUGGAAUCCAACCAUAAGUUGAUGACCUUCAUCUUGAAGAAUCCACCCAACUCGAAUCCAGCCAGUCAAGGAUCGUCGCUGACUGAAGGAAAACGAUCCAAGCGCAGCAAACGUAAUGGCGAAGCGAAUGGCGACCAAGAAAAUGAUUCGACGCUCGAUUCUUCUGCUAUGGAAAAUUCAACAGACAAUAACGGUGGCAGCGAUGAUGACCAAACUGAAUGGGCCGUAGAUGUAUCCGAGGAAGCUGUAAGGCAAAGGAUGCAAGAUCUCAGUGAUGGUGCCAAAAACAUGACCAUCAGUGACGAUCUUGAAAAAUCCGAGAAAGAACGUAUGGACAUCUUGUACAACAUGGUAAAAGUUAAACGCGAUACCGGACUUUUGGGAAACGUGCAGACUCAAAAAGAAGUCUUGAGCGAAGCUGAACGUUUGGAGAUUAAAACCAAAGCUCCUCUCGUUUUGGCCGAGUUGCUUUUUGAUCAGAACAUCCUCGCACAGGCUAAGAAAUAUCGUAUGCUCUUCCUUCGUUUCACUUUGAACGAGAAAAAAGCACAGAAAUAUCUAAUUGGUGGGCUAGAACAAGUCAUUGCCUUACACAAAGACAAACUUAUGAGCAAAGUUCCCGGUUUGCUGAAAAUAUUUUACGAUAUGGACAUUCUUGGAGAGGAGUGCAUCAUAGAAUGGUCAGAAAAAGUGUCCAAAAAAUACGUAGCUAAGGAAGUAAGCCAAGAGAUUCACGACAAAGCAGAACCGUUCAUAAAAUGGUUGAAGGAAGCCGAAUCGGAAGAUUCCGACAACGAUGAUGAUGAAGAAGACGAUGACGUGGAGAUUGAAUACAAUGACAGGGCACAAAUCCAACUGAAGAUUACUCCCCAAAGCAAACCCAAACCGGUGGCUAGUAACGAUGAUGAUGGGCAAGAUGAUGUGGAUAUCGAUGCUAUCUAAACACUUCUCUUAUUAUUAGUUAGGCCCUUUGUUACGAACUUUUUUAUUAUAAUUAUCAUUAUAGUAGUGUACCAUUAAACGUAAUAUUCCGUAUGAAAAAGGCCAUCACUCUUUAUAUUCUUCAUUUUUGGACGACUGAAACUCCUACGGGACAAAAACCGAUUUGUUCUUUUUUUAAUAAUCAUCACACAGGUCACAAUUUUGUAACAAUAUAUUUGUUUGGGGGAGCAAUGGCUCAAACUUACAUAAAAUAGAGGGUGUUUCAAUUUUACAAUUUCAAGAAUCAAGAAAGAAAGUCAAAACAUCGUGGAUUUGCUAAAUUCCACCUGUACCUCACAUUUCAAGCAACACGAGACACCAAAAACAUGACAGGUGUCAUCUGUCAUGUUCUUGGCGCUGGAUUGUGAGUUUUAUCUAACACACAUACACACACAAGAAUCGAUAAGUGUUAGAAAAUAUUGGAACAAUUAAAUACUUGCGAAAUGACAUAAAGCAGGGACUUUAUUUAUUAAAAUCGAUAUAACUGUCCAAGUAGAGUAAAUAUUUAACAAAACAUUUGAAAAUUCCGCCAUGAAGACGUUUUGGAACACCCCCUAUAAGUAAAAGCUGUACACGGUAAAGUUUAGUAAAGACACUCCAUCAACAUAACCUACAUUCUAAGAAUGACAGCGCGAUGUUGCCAUUACUCUUAGCUUGUGUCUAAACUACACAUUUAUCGGUACUUGUUUAUAUUUUGUUUAAUCCGAUGGUCCUAACUAUUAUAAAGGGCUUUAGUAUAAUUUUAUAUCUAUCUAUCUAUCCAUUAUGAUUUUUAUAAAUAUGUUAAUGUUGGUGAUCAGGAUUGCAGGGUGAGUGUUGCACUAAACAGAUUGGAAUCUAUUAAGCAAACUACUAAUAAUAUUAAAAAUUGCUCUCAUUUUUUCAAUAUCGUCAGUUUUUUGUCCGAUAGAUGCCAUUUUGUUUUGUGCGUAUCAUCCUGUACAACUAUUAUUUUUACUAUUUACCAUUUUUGCAAUGUUAAGAAUAUUAAACUAGCAUUUUCCCAUAUUAAAACCCGUUUUCGAUGUUGAUCAAAGGGAAUCAUUGGUUACAGAAAAAAAUGUAUUUCUUGGAAGUGACUGUCGUGAAAUUCGUUCAUAGUUGUCUUAUCUAGAGUGGUAUAGAAUUGCAUAUUCGAGUCACUUAUCUUUAAAAGAUCUUGUGUUAGAUGUUUUUGCAAAAUAUGGUUGGACUUGAUAAGUUGUUUAUAUAUUACCUAUAAAUUUUACUGUUUUAAUGUCAAUAAAAAUUACUGUCAAA